CGCAGUUGGAGCUGGGGGUCGACUGGAUUUGGGGGGUGAGUGCUGCUUUUUUGCACGUUUUUCUGUUUUAUUUUUAAUUUAAUUUUAAUUAUUUUUUUAUUUUUUAUUUUAUUUUUGUUCUUCUGGAUUCUAAAUCCCAAUUUUAUGUGCACAUUGGGAUUUCGUUUUGGAUCAUGAACAAACUGUACAUCGGGAAUCUGAGCCCUUCAGUCACCGUCGAGGACUUGAAGCAGCUCUUUGGCGAGAGGAAGCUUCCCCUGACCGACCAGGUUCUGCUCAAAUCCGGCUAUGCCUUCGUGGAUUUCCCCGACCAAAACUGGGCCAUAAAAGCAAUUGAGACUUUGUCAGGAAAAGUUGAAUUACACGGGAAGGUGAUUGAGGUAGACUACUCAGUUCCAAAAAAACUAAGGAGUCGGAAGAUUCAGAUCCGAAACAUCCCGCCCCACCUGCAGUGGGAGGUUUUGGAUAGCCUUUUAGCACAGUACGGCACUGUGGAAAACGUGGAGCAAGUGAACACUGACACUGAGACAGCGGUGGUGAAUGUCACGUAUGCGACCAAGGAGGAGGCCAAAGUGGCCAUAGAGAAGCUGACAGGACACCAGUUUGAGGACUACUCCUUCAGGGUGUCUUACAUCCUGGAUGUGGAUGCAGCGCCUCCAGCCUCUGCCCCCCGUGGCCGGAGAGGGGUGCGGUCAGCCCGGGACCAGGAUGCCCCCCAGCCUGGUCCCUCAGGAAGUCUCGGGGGAUCUCGGCACAAGCAGCAGGACUUCCCCCUCCGCAUGCUGGUCCCAACACAGUUUGUGGGAGCCAUCAUCGGCAAGGAGGGCCUCACCAUCAAAAAUGUCACCAAACAGACCCAGUCCAAGGUGGACAUCCAUCGGAAGGAGAAUGCGGGUGCAGCAGAGAAGCCGAUUACCAUCCACUCCACCCCUGCGGGCUGCUCCUCCGCCUGCCGCAUGAUCCUGGACAUCAUGCAGAAGGAGGCCAGUGAGACCAAGGCGGCUGAGGAGGUUCCUCUGAAGAUCCUGGCUCACAACAGUCUGGUUGGAAGGCUGAUCGGUAAGGAGGGCCGGAACCUGAAAAAGAUUGAGCAGGACACCGGGACCAAGAUAACCAUUUCCUCGUUACAGGAUUUAACCAUUUACAACCCGGAGCGGACCAUCACAGUGCGCGGCAGCAUGGAGGCCUGCUGCCGGGCGGAGGAGGAGAUCACGAGGAAGCUGAGGGAGGCGUACGAGAACGACGUCGCUGCCGUCAGCCAACAAGCCAACCUUAUCCCUGGUCUAAACCUCAACGCUCUAGGUAUCUUUUCCACGGGCCUAUCGGUGCUGCCCCCUACGGGUGGACCAAGAGGAGCCGCACCUGUGCCUGCUGCUGGCUACAGCCCAUUUUUAAGUCACUCGUCACACCUGGGGGGAUUGUACAGUGUUCCACCUGCCAGCUCGCUGUCCCCGCAGCACACAGAGCAGGAGGUGGCGUUCCUGUUCGUUCCCACGCAGGCAGUGGGGGCGCUCAUCGGGAAGAAGGGCCAGCACAUCAAGCAGCUCGCACGCUUCGCUGGUGCCUCCAUCAAGAUUGCCCCGGCGGAAAGCCCCGAUGUCUCUGAAAGGAUGGUCAUCAUCACUGGGCCCCCGGAAGCACAGUUCAAGGCUCAAGGCAGGAUAUUUGGGAAGCUGAAGGAGGAGAAUUUCUUCACAGCGAAAGAGGAGGUGAAGUUGGAGACGCAUAUCAAAGUGCCCUCAUCUGCAGCUGGACGCGUUAUAGGCAAGGGUGGUAAAACGGUCAAUGAGCUGCAGAACCUUACUAGUGCCGAGGUCAUUGUUCCGCGGGACCAAACCCCAGAUGAGAACGACGAGGUCUUUGUAAAAAUUAUUGGGCAUUUCUUUGCCAGCCAGACUGCACAGAGAAAGAUCAGGGAGAUCAUUCAGCAAGUCAAACAGCAGGAACAGAAGCACCAGCAAGGAGCUCCCACACCACGCCACUCCAAGUGACCACCAGGGUGGCGCCAGCGAGCAUCAGCGGAUGAAUGUAGCCCUUCCAACAGGAGCGAGAGAGCAGACGGCACAGAUGGUGCACAGAAUGCAGACCAAUGCCGCCGGGAACAAAACCAAAGAACUGGAGUGGGGAAGGGGUGAGCUGCUGCCGGGAGGACUCUCGCACUGCCGAGGCGAGCAGAGAGGCUCACAGUAAAAGGAUAAAAAUGACAUUUCAAAAACAAAUCAGGAAGAAGUGGUAGAGACGUAGGCAGCUGCUGUCUUUCUGGUUAAAUCUAACAGCAUUCAUACACCCUGAUAACACUUUCCCACUAAAUCUCACAGCAUUCAUACGCCCUGAUAACACCCUGAUAACACUGUCCCUUUAGCUGGACUGAUAGGUCUAAUGGAAGCAGAAAAAAAGAGAAAAAAGUUAUUAAUGGAUGUGUGUGCCGACAGAGAGAGCUGGAGGAAUCAGGGUGGGGAGAGGGCGGGGUUAUGGACACUGUUAAAAAAAGAAGGGCACGACUGUGGAUUGUUAACAGUAUUAAUGUAUAUUAGAAACAAUUAUAUAUAAUUAUAUAUUAAUAUAUAAUGUUAAUAUAUUAUGUAUUAAUAUAUACAUUCAUGGUAAGAGGUUGUAUUCUCAUAGAUGAGAGUAGGUUUUCUAGACUUGAAUCAAAGCGUUCCAAUUUGGGCAAUAGCAGAGGACACAGCCAACCUCUGAAACACACAAAAUAACAGUCUUCACAAAGACUGUCUUCACACAUAUUACAUAUUUCACACAAAUAACAUUCUUCACAAAGACUGUCUUCACACAUAUUACAUAUUUCACACAAAUAACAUUCUUCACGAAGACUUUCUUCACACAUAUCUUGUAUUUGUUUUAAUUUGAAGUCAUUUGAAAACAAACAAAAAACUGAAAAAGUAGGAAACUUUUGUGGAUUAUUCUGAAUCUUUGUCCCUUAACCUGUGUGUGCCAACAGCAGGACUGAGGUCCCUGCCUCUCUGGCUUCUGAUGCUCAGUGUGUGCGCCUUCCUUCUCUUGUGUUUGUGAACGGCAUUUUGCUUUUGAAUUCAGCAGAGCAUUAAUAAGCAGAAUUCUGAGAACAUCAACAUCAAUUUCAAGGAAUAAUUCAAGGAUAAUUACUGAAGGAAAAGGGUGCCAUCAAGAAUGAGAUCGCCCCAGUCCUGUAGAUACAUAUAUACACAUAUAUGUGUUGAGAUGCAGGUUCCUGAUUGGCUGCCUUAAGGGGGACACAAAAAUAAAUGGAGCAGCAGCGAAAGCUGAAAACUGCACUAAAAUGGACGUCUUAAAGCUGCGCAGUUGUGUGCUGGUAAACAGCCAGAGCUGGUCGUCAGCAUUAAGUCAAUGGGCACUGCGUACACUGCCUUUCCCUCGGAUAGGAAGUCAGGUGGGCUUCCCAAUCUGGGAUGGAAUCGGAAGGUAGAGGGCGCUGUGGAGACUGUGUCUGGCUUUAACUCUCUCCUUCAGGGAGCUCUCUGUGGCAUGACAGCUGGGAAUGUAAAACAUGCAGCCAUUUAAAAGUGUUCCCUGCUGUGUGCAGCUGCUGGGCUCUGCGGGACUCUGUUUCCCGCUCUCACCUGCCGCUGCAGCAGUUUGCUGGACCCACAGGUACGAUCCUCCGUCUUUCUCUGCUAUACUCUCAUCACCAUGAAAGCUUUGCAGCCUUAAUUGUCACGGCGAGUUCUCGCUUUGAGCGCUUCAGUUUAACCUCAUCCUCUGCACCAAUACACACGGCUUUCUCA